UGACUUAAGCUUAACACCAUUCAUAUCUGUUCCUGCUAAUCUGCUGGGAAUUGACUAUGCAUUUAUUCCUUUUUUUUGGUGUCUUUUCUGCUAGUACUCUUGAAAAUGGCCUCGUAUUGGAAAAAUUUGAAUGUUUAUACAAGUGAAUCAGAAUCAUCUUUGCAUUGAGGAACAUCUUUCUUGAGAUCUUGAUCUACAUCCAAUGCUCACGGGUUGGUAUGUGCUCAUCAGGCUGAAAAUGUGGAACCAGAUGCUGAUUUUAUUACAGGGGUUUGCCAGUUCCUUGUAAAUUAGCUAUGGUGAAAGUUCAGCCAAUCUUUUAUCAAUUAAUUCAAGUAACAACCCAACCAAUUAUAAUUCUUGAAGUGGAUAAAAAUGAAACUAUAACUGAAUAACCUAGAUGGCCAAGUGCCCCUUGUACGAAACUCAGAUCCUUUAUAGCAUUUUUUUUAAUGCUGGUGAAGAAGUUAAUAGGGCAAGAAUGUGAUCGAAUAAAAAAAAAAAAUUCUGCACGAAUUCAUGUGCUUCAUUCUUGUAUUCUUCAUUUUUGUAUUUGCACAAUUUUGUCUCACUCAAUCCGAAUUGAGCAAAGAAAAUCAUUCAAGAUUGUCCCCAGAUGUCAAUUUCCAAUCUGCUAGCUCUCCAAGGAGUCCAUGGUAAUGCUGGUGAAAGCAAACUUAAACUCGAGGGGAAGAAAUAGAACCACAAAUGGUGAAAAAAUAUCCAUACUUUUGCAAAGGGUAUUGUUGCCACUUUGGAAGUAACAGAAACACAAGACUUGAAAUACUGUUGGUAGUUUUCCCCCACCAAGGCGCCAUAUGUGUCGCUGACAAAUAGGAGGAAGUUUCACCUGAUUUGGUCUUUUCUCUGAAUUCAGCACCUUGAUCCCACAUCUCACCAGGACCUUUUUUUGCUUUCAUUUUUUUCGGUUUUUCCCAAUCCUCCUGUCAAAAACUCUCUUCACCUUUACCAUGAAUUGUUACAGUUUUCUGUAACAUGAGAAUUCUUGCUCUAGAGCACUAUUACUAACUUACCAUGCUGCUCAUCAUCCAGUAUAAGUUUCUAGUAAAGCACUGAUGAAAUGAUCUCUAAUAUGCCAAUACUUUUUUCGGUUUUGUUUUGUGCUUUCACAAUUUAUGUUAGUAAAGCACAAGAUUUUGCCAGUCAAGAUAAUCCAUCUGCUGUGCCUCCCCCGGAAGCAGAGAAUUGUAAUGGGAUUUUUCUGUCCUACACAUUUGUCUCGAGGACAAAAGAGUAUCCCCAUUUAAAGAACGCCACUGCACAGCCAUGGGCGUUCAAGUCUACUGCCGCAAUCUUGAAUGCAGGAAUGAAUGUGCUCAAGAAUUGGAAAAUGUUCAUUGGGUUCCAAAACCAAGAGAUUUUAGUCUCUGCGAGUAAUGCAGUUCUAGUAGGUGGAGAUGAAUUUCCAGCUCCUGUUGGUAAUGGAACUUACCUGGCUGGCUACCCACAAACAGAUUUGGAAACAUCUAUCAACACUGCCGGUGAUCUUACCAAAAUUCAGGCGCAAAUUGAGCUAUCUGGUACUCAAUUUGGGAUCAGGCCUCCAGGAUAUCCUAUGCCUAAGACAAUAAAGCUCGUUAAUCAUGGAUUCAGAUGCCCUGCACCAAUUCGACGCGCAAGAGCAAUGCACAUGUGCUGUGCAAUAGAUCCAAAAUUGGAGGCCAAAAAUUUGACGACAAAAUAUUUUCCACGACAGAAAGGUGAUCUCUCGAUCUCUUACGAUGUUAUCCAAGCUUACCAGACUAAUUACCUUGCUCAGGUGACUAUUGAGAACAAUAAUCCAUUGGGACGUCUUGACAACUGGAACUUGACAUGGGAGUGGAUGAGAGGAGAGUUCAUAUACACAAUGAGAGGAGCAUAUACUCGCAAAAAAGAUGCGACGGACUGCAUUUAUGGUGCUGCAGCACAGUACUACAAUGACUUAGAUUUUUCUAAAGUCAUGAGUUGUGAAAAGAGUCCGAUCAUCGGUGAUCUGCCUCAGGAUAGAAAAACUGAUCAAGAAAUUGGGAACUUGCCACACUGCUGCAGAAAUGGUAGUCUGCUGCCUACCAUCAUGAAUGCAUCCGAUGCAAUAUCAGUAUUUCAGAUGCAGGUCUAUAAGAUUUCACCAGAUUUGAACAGAACAGCUCUGUAUCCUCCUCAAAAGUGGAGGAUUUUAGGGGAGCUUAAUCCGCACUAUAAAUGUGGACAGCCAUUAAGAGUAGAUGAUACAGAAUUUCCUGAUCCUAGCGGACUUCAGGCCGUCAGCACAGCAGUUGCCAGCUGGCAAAUUGUCUGCAAUAUCACCAAGCCUAAGAAUCGAGAGUCUCAAUGCUGUGCUUCGUAUUCUGCAUACUACUAUGACUCCAUCAUACCGUGCAAUACAUGUGCUUGUGGAUGUGGUAGCUCGGAAAAGUGCAGCAAAAAUGUACCGGCAUUGCUUCUUCCUCCAGAAGCCCUUCUUAUUCCGUUUUUAAACAGAACCGAGAAGGCUGUACAUUGGGCAAGACUCAAGAAGCAACAUAUCCCAACUCCAUUGCCUUGUGGUGACAACUGCGGGGUUAGUGUAAACUGGCACAUCGCGACCAACUAUAGGACUGGCUGGACUGCCCGUAUCACGUUAUUUAAUUGGAAAGAAGUCAGCUUCAAGGACUGGUUUGUUGCAGUUGAACUGAAGAAAGCAGGCCCUGGUUUUCAAAAUGCCUACUCCUUUAAUGGAACACUGCUUGAAGAAGUCAACAACACCAUUUUCAUGACAGGAAAACCAGGAUUGGACUAUUUGAUGGGAGAGACAAAUGGAACACAUCCUGAAACAGAUCCAAAAAUACCAGGGAAGCAACAGUCUGUCAUCUCAUUCACUAAAAAGCACUUACGAGGCAUUGACAUUGUAAAAGGCGAUGGGUUCCCUUCAAGAUUGCUCUUCAAUGGAGAAGAGUGUACACUACCAACAAAUCUCCCAACGGCAGAUGGAAGACAAUAUCCUGCAGAUUUAGUUUUAAUAAUCUGUCUAACGCUGAUGUGCAUAUUGUUGACAAAGUGAAUGAAGUUCACUCAAGUUCAAACACUACCUGAUGAGGCGCCUCACAUCACAACUAGAAAUUCAUUGCACAGUUUGGCAAAAUGGGUACAUUUUUGACCCUUAGAAACUCAGCUCUGCUUCAUUAGUUUAGUUGCUCUAAUCCAGGCCAAAAUCACCAGAACACGUGAGAGAUUUCACUCAGUUCAAGAUUAGUGCACAAGGUAAGGUAGGCCAUAUAAUAUCCUACUUUGUUUUGGGACGCAAGUUUGCUGCUGUGAAAUCAUGCCCCUUGUCUUACAGUAAAAGAAAUGCAUGUCUACAAAUCCUCAUUCCCUUGGAAGUUGAAACCUAAAGGGAAAAAAAAGGAGUUAAUGU